AUGGUUACCUCCGAAGACUGGACCUCAAGCAAAUGGGCAAAGGAGUCACAAGGUAAAAGAAUGGCACAAACUUUGUUGAUGCCUUCAUUUUGGAAUACUGUUGUGUUUGCCCUUAAGGUCUCGGGUCCUCUUGUCAAAGUGCUUAGAUUGGUUGAUACCGAGAAGAAACCUCCCAUAAGAUACAUUUAUGAGGCAAUGGAUAGGGCAAAAGAAUGCAUUGCAAGUUCAUUUGAUCAUAAAGAAGAGAAGUAUAAUGAAAUCUUCGAAAUCAUUGACAAAAGAUGGGAUGUCCAAUUGUAUCGACCUUUACAUGCAGCUGCGCAUUUUCUUAACCCAGAAUUCUUUUACCCAAAAGUGUUAGAGGUGCAGAGAGAUCAUGAAUUGAUGAAUGGGUUUUAUGAAUGCAUGCAAAAGUUGGUCCCGGAUGUCACUGUUCAAGAUUUGAUCACUAAUGAGAUGAGUAUUUAUAUGAAGGUUGAGAGUCUUUUUGGCAAGGUUGUUGCGAUUAGGUAUGACAUGCGCAACACUCCUGAUCCCAUAUCUUUGCAAAAUAUUGAUGAAAGCAAUGAGUGGUUGCUUGGGAGGAUGGAUGGAGAAUCAGAUGAAGAUAAUGAGCCUGUGUUUGAUGAUGAUGAUGGCUUGACGUGGGCCACUGUUGCUAGAGCUUCUAGAGUAGAAGAAAGUAGCCAUGCAAGUAGAGCAACAAGUUCACGCUCAAAGGCACAACCGAGGAUAUCUAAAUCAUCAACAUUGACUCCGCUUCAAUUAAUAGAUGAAGAGGAAGUGGGCACAGAUGACACAGAGGAGGAAGAUGUUGAGGGAUACAAAUCAACUGAUGGAGAAGAAGAUGAUAGUUUGCUUGCCAUUGAUGUUGAGGAUGAUGAUUGA